AUGAUGCCAAUGGCCUCCUCGAGCCUCGCCCGCCUCCUGGUGGCCGUGGUCUUGCUGUUCACGUCGUCCGCCCUCCUCUGCGCCGACGCGUCGGUGCACGACUGCUCCGGCGAACGGUUCGCGGCCGACGGCAACGCCUUCGUCCUCCACGGCGGCAGCGAGGGCGUGUACGCCUCCGCUAAGGCCGCCGCGUUCAUCCGCUUCGAGAAGGUCGCGUUCAGAAGGACGCCCGAGUCGGCCGCUGCGGCCGAGGAGGACGGCAACCGCACGGCCACGGUCACGGCUGUCAUCUUCGAGGCCGGCGACCGCGACGCCGUCGGGGGCGCGGACGUCUCCGUCUCCGGCGGUCGCGCGCUCUGCUGCACGCCGGACAUGGCGAGGCUCGGGGCGUGCACCGAGGGGACGGCGACGUACCGCGCGCUGAACGGCACCGGCUGGCCCAGGGUGUUCGCGGCCUCCUUCCUCCCGGGCAGCCUCGAGGCGGCGUUCCCGGACGAGACCGUCGCCAUGGCGCGCACCGGCAUGUACACCCUCCUGUUCGUCCACUGCGACGCCUCGCUCGCCGGCGGGCAGGUGGCCGCGCGGGGCAAGACCAUCUGGAAGAACAGCCGCGGAUACCUCCCGGGGCGGAUGGCGCCGCUUCUGCCCUUCUACGGCGCCAUGUCGCUGGCGUUCGCGGCGCUGGCGGCGUACUGGUUCGCGCAGUGCGCGCGGUUCUGGCGGGAGGUGGUGCCGCUCCAGAGCUGCGCCACGCUGGUGAUCGCGCUGGGGAUGCUGGAGGCCGCCACCUGGUACUUCGACCUCGCCGAGUUCAACGAGUCCGGCGUCCGCCCCCGCGGCGCCACGUUCUGGGCGGCCACGUCCGGCGCUCUCCGCGGCGCGGCGGCGCGCGUGCUGGUGCUGGCCGUGGCCAUGGGCCACAUGGUGGUGCGGCCAACGCUGGCGGGGCUCAAGAGCGCCAGGGUGGCCGGACUCGGCGCCGCGUUCUUCGCCGCUGCGGAGGCGCUCGAGGUCAGCGAGAAUGUCGGCACCGUGAGCGACCACUCGCCGUCGCCCACGAGGAGGCUGUUCCUGCUGCUCCCUGUGGCGGCCCUCAACGCGGUGUUCGUGUACUGGAUAUUCAGCUCACUGUCGAAGACGCUGAACAAACUUAAGGCGAAACGAAUGACGGCGAAGCUGGAGAUGUACCGGAGGUUGAACAACGCCUUGAUCAUCGCGGUGGCCGUGUCACUCGGCUGGAUCACAUUUGAGAUCCACUUCAAGUCGACGGACGAGUACAACGAGCGGUGGCGCGCGGCGUGGGUGAUCCCGGCGGUGUGGCAGCUCAUCUCCUUCUCGCUGCUGUGCGCCGUCUGCCUCAUGUGGGCGCCCUCGCAGAGCUCGACGAGGUACGCCUACCUGGAAGACGAGGAGGAGGAGGGCGAGGACGAGGACCGCGACGUGGAGGACACGCGGCCGCUGAUCCGGCCCGGCCCGCUGUCGUACGUGGACAACUGGGCCAUCUCCGUGUCCAAGGACGCCACCACCAUCAUUCUGAGAACCGACUCCGGCGUGUACGCGAAAGCCGCCGGCGAUGGAGGCAAGCGGGCGUUCUUGCCGCGGAGAAUCAGAGAGGUCCGGCGCUUGAUUCAGAGCAUUGUUGAUUACUGUGGAAAUGCUGGGUCAGAGUUGUUUGAGUUGGCUCAUAUGUUGGUCAGCAAUUUGGGUCAGUCAAUGACGCUGUUACAAGUUUAUGCUGCAGUCAUCCGUAUUUUUGUAGAGUCGUCGAUGUUUGAGGAUGCUCUUCUCACUUAUGUUGAGGCCAAGAAUGUUGGUGUUGACAGACGUUUGUGCAAUUUCUUGCUGAAGUGUUUAGUCGAGGGGAAUCAGAUCAUGUAUGCGAGGAGUUUAUUUGAUGACAUGAAAAGUUGUGGUCCUUCACCCAAUGUCUGCUCUUAUUCAAUUUUGAUGAGUAUGUACACACAUGGAGAGAGGUUAUGCUUAAAUGAAGCUUUUGACCUUCUUUGUGAAAUGGAAUCGAAUGGUGUGAGACCGAACACUACAACAUAUGGAACUUACCUCUAUGGGCUUUGCCGUUCCAGACAGGUAACAUCUGCAUGGGACUUUCUUCAAACUCUUGCUCAGAGUGGAGGCCCUUGCAGCAAUUAUUGUUUCAAUGCUGUGAUUCAUGGUUUCUGUAGCAAGGGUCAGGUUGAUAAAGCCAUAGAAGUGUUUCAUGGGAUGAAGAAAUGUGGGUUUGUCCCAGAUGUCCACAGCUACAGCAUAUUAGUUGAUGGGUUUUGCAAACAUGGGGAUUUAUUGAAAGGUUAUGACAUGCUUGAUGAAAUGGCAAGAAAUGGAAUAUGUCCUAAUCAAGUGAGUUACAGUUCACUUCUGCAUGGCCUUUGCAAAACUGGACAGGUUGCAUUGGCAUUAAAGAUUUUCAAGAACCUCCAAGACCAUGGUUUUGAGCAUGACCAGAUAAAUUACAGCAUCAUUCUUCAUGGCUGUUGCCAACAUUUAGAUCUCAAGGCCAUCUCUGACCUUUGGUUUGACAUGAUUCAUCAUGAUAUCACUCCAGAUGUUUACAAUUAUACCAGUCUGAUUUACGCAUUAUGUAGACAUAGAAACCUUCAAGAUGCAUUGGGAGUGUUUGAGCUCAUGCUUGAAAAUGGGUUGAGUCCCAACAUUGUGACAUGCACAAUCCUAGUUGACAGCUUUAGCAAAGAAGGGCUAGUUGGUGAAGCCUUCCUAUUCCUGGAUAGAAUACAUCGGUCAUUGGGAAUCGUCCCAAACCUUUGCAUGUACAGAGUUAUUAUCAAUGGCCUUUGCAAGACCAACAAAUAUAGUGAUGUGUGGAAAUUUUUAGCAGACAUGAUAAAGAGGGGCUAUGUUCCUGAUGUUGUCCUUUGCAGUAUUAUUAUUGAUGGCUUCGUGAAAGCUCUGAAGUUGCAGGAGGCCUUAAGGUUGUACCGUAAGAUGUUGGAUGAAGGCGUAAAACCUAACACAUUUACAUAUUCUAGCCUCAUAAAUGGGCUGUGUAAUGAUGAUAGACUUCCUGAAGCUAUGGGAUUGAUUAGGGAUAUGAUUGGGGAAGACCUGUUACUUGACAAUGUUUUGUACACAUCUAUCAUUGCUUGCUAUUGUAGGCGUUUAAAUAUGAAGGCUGCUAAUGAAUGGCUCAGACAAAUGGAAAGAAGUGGUGUGUUCCCAGAUGCUUUUGUAUAUACUUGUAUGAUUGAUGGUUAUAGUAAAGUGCUUGCAAUGGAUGGUGCACGCUUGAUGAUGGAAGAAAUGGGAAAAAGAAAGCUUAAACCUACUGUAGUAACCUACACAGCUCUCAUUAUUGGAUACCUUAAAACGGGGGAUGAGAAGGAAGCUUGUAUGAUGUAUGAGAGUAUGCGUCAUGCAGGCAUUUCUCCAGAUGUCAAGCUGCGUUGCAUUUUGGGCAUUGGCAAUGACAGGGGUGAUUGUGAUGAUUCUCAGAAAGCGAAUGGUGUAACAUAA